AUGGUCUUCAAGGUGGAUUUUGAAAAGGCCUAUGACUCAAUCUCAUGGGCUUUUCUGGAUUAUAUGCUGCAAAGAAUGAGCUUUUGUCCCAAAUGGAGACAAUGGAUUUCUGCCUGUCUCAAUUCAGCAACAAUUUCAAUUCUUGUGAAUGGCAGUCCUACAAAGGAAUUUGCUCCUACUAGAGGCUUGAGGCAAGGAGACCCUUUAGCUCCCUUACUCUUCAAUAUAGUUGGAGAAGGCAUCACAGGAUUGAUGAGGGAAGCAGUUCAGAAGAAUUUAUAUAGAAGUUACAUGGUUGGAAAGAAAAAGGAACCCACUAAUAUUUUGCAGUAUGCAGAUGACACAAUAUUUGUGGGAGAGGCUGCUUGGGAGAAUGUUCUUGUUUUGAAGGCUAUGCUCAGAGGAUUUGAAUUGGCCUCAGGUCUGAAGAUUAAUUAUGCAAAAAGCCAAUUUGGGAUUAUAGGAGGUAGGGUCCAUUGGGUAAGUCAGGCUGCCCAAACCCUGAAUUGUAGGCAACUGGAAACCCCCUUCUGCUAUUUGGGUAUUCCUGUUGGGGCUAAACCCUCAAGCAGAUUGGUGUGGGAGCCUUUGAUCAACAAAUGUGAAUCCAAAUUGAUGUAA